GCCGCCGCUAGCUCGGGUCCCUCUGGCUCUUGUAUACAUUCGUUUGGCACAGUGUAGCAAGACUGCGCUGGCGCAGCUCGCUUGGACCUCUUUCUUGUUUUCAGGCGCGGCAUGAAGCAAGCCAUCGAGCUGGACUUGCAGAGGCACCAUGCAUUACCGCGAGCGGCGAAACAUCAUCACUUUGGCGAACAUGCUAUACGACAUACGUACGAAAAGAGUCUCAAGCGGCGUGCACACCAUAGCAGCAGCUCGCAGCGUGCUGCUAAUACAGCAGCAGCCGCAGCGGCCGAGGCUACGGCCACAACAUCUGCACGACACCGCGCAAGUGCAGCGGUAGCCGAAACAACGGCAGCUGAAGCAUCAGCGAGCAACAAUGUUGUCGUCGUGACCGUUGCUGGCACUUCAGCAAUGACAGUCACGCGAGGUGCAGCGGCAACUGCCACCGCCGCUUCACUCGCCCCUACUACACCGCCAGCAUCAGCACCUUAUGCGCUCAAUACAAACAGUACCCCUACGCAAUAUCCCAGCAAUUUCGCCAAGCAGGCCAAAGUGGAUAGUGCGAGCUUAGUCGCACUGACCACGUAUCAGGCCACAGGGGUCGACACUGUGCAUCCGAGUCUGACAGCGACGGCAGAAUCAGCUCAGGCCGCCACAACGCAUCCGGUCGCAUUGAGUAAAGGUGCUCUCAUCGCUAUCAUCGCUGCAGGCGGUAUCCUCUUCGUCACCUUUGUGGCUCUGGCGCUAUGGUGGUGCAUCUCGCGGUGCCGUAAGAGGAGGAGAAAAGACAAAAAUUGGCGAAAGAUCGGCGAACCCCAGCUACGCCCGACGGGAUUAGACCGCACACCGACGGACUCGCCCACCGUCUUCGGCUCAAACGGUAGCAUGACACGCGAUCUCAGUUCUGGAUCGAUCGAGAGUGACGAGAAGCUGGCCGAAAGGGGCGGAAGGAGGCCAAACAAGGCGACACUUUCCACUGCGCAAUGGUCAUCGCCUGGCGCGACACCAUCAGCUCAAUUUUAUCCCAUGCCAGUCAGUCAUUCCGCCUAUUCGCUCAACACGGCACGAGAGAACGAAGACUUUGGCCGGACGGCAGAUCCGGCAGAACGGAACAUGCCGCAAUCGUCCUCUCAACGUCAAAUAUGGCCGCCACCAGCGCCGCCGAUACCCACCAUACGAGCACCUGAACCUACAUCCUAUAAUCGACCACCAUUUCGGCAUCUGACCCCGAUCAGCGAGCACAGCAGAUCAGAAAUCUCCUAUGCUCCCUCUAGCGAGCCCGACACAGACACCCAUGACUUUCGGGCGGUUACUCGCGAGACAAUGUCAGAACCCAGAGCACUCCAGCGGCCGCCUGUACGGCAGAGCUCUUAUGGCGAUGUCAGCAGGACUGCACCUGCGCCUGUGCGUAACACAGGCGGCCUGCUCUCCGUCCAGCCAAAUCGAGGCCCCGUCGAUUCUGUCUACUCGAUGUACUCUGACCAAUGACGAAAGCACGCAUUCUGGCACGCUUGUACCCGCCGUUCACGAUGCAUUAGACUGUCUUUCAGGCCCUGCGUGGCAAUGUCGAGCGACGCGUCUGACUUUCCAUCGUCCGGCCGUGACUGUGCUGAUCAUGGACAGAUCGAGCCUUGCUCACCGCAGAGACCUCGAACCUGACUCUCGCAAUGUAUACCAUCCAUCGGCAGGCUUCAGGGCACCUGCAACGCCUAUCCGGACGCCCACAAGCCUCAGCCGACCCUUCACACCCAA